AUGUACCACGAUCACCCCGUGAGAUCCGUCCAGGACCUCAUCGGGUUCAGCGGCCUCAUCUCUCACGCAAUCCGCCACCCCCUGGACUUCCACUACAGCGUCGGUCCCACGCUCAGCGAACUCAGCGGAGGCCUGCUGAGCUCCUCUUUUGAGCCAGAGCGGGACCUUCCUGGGCUCUCAGGAAAGGUCAUUUUCGUUACCGGAGGUAACACUGGUCUCGGCAAAGAAACCGUCCUCCAACUCGCUCGACAUCGUCCAGAGCGUAUCUACCUCGCUGCGCGAACAGCAAUAAAGGCAACAAACGCGAUUGCCUCAAUCCAGGAGGCCCUCCCGUGCCGGGCGGACAUCCGACACAUUCCCCUUGAUCUCGCGUCGUUCGCGUCUAUCCGUGCGGCAGCAAAACAAUUCCAGGCAGAGUGCGAACGGUUGGACAUCCUGAUUCUCAAUGCCGGCGUCAUGGGCCACCCGCCGUCCCUCACAGAGGAAGGGUACGAGAUCCAUCUCGGAACGAACCACAUCGGCCACUUUCUCCUCACCAAACUGCUCCUCCCCACUCUCCGCGAAACUGUUUCCCGCUCUGAAUCCCCGGAUGUGCGAGUCAUCACGCUAAGCUCGCUAGCGGCCAACACCGCACCAUCAUACGAUUCCAUCACGUCCACCCCCGCGCUGCUAAGUCUCGGUUGGGCUUCGCGGUAUGGGGCGUCCAAGGCUGCCAACGUGCUCUUCGCUGCGGAGCUGGCUCGGCGGCACCCCGAGAUUUUGUCGGUGUCUGUCCACCCGGGCGCAGUGGUGACGGAUCUAUACCAGCAGACUAAAAAAGCAGGCCUUUUCUACGAGGCGGGCGUUGGUCUUAUGAUGAAGUUCUUUCGAAGCAUUCGCACCGGGGCAUUGACCCAGAUUUGGGCCGCGGCCGCGCCGAGAGAGCAGCUGAUCAAUGGCGGAUACUACGUUCCGAUCGCGGUCAAGGGAGUCUCACGGUACGAGAACGAUGUGAAGACGGCGAGAGCGCUCUGGGAGUGGACAGAGAGAGAGAUCGCAAAACAUUAUUGA